AGGAUAGAGAUAUGGGUAUAGGUGUGUCUAGACAUAAACUUGCAUUAAGUAUUAGAUAAAUACGAGAGAUGACUUGAUAUAUGGCUGUCAUUUGUUUCACAAAUCCAAAUUUUUCAUAACAUAAAAUAUGGUUUUUGUGUUCAUAGAGAAAAACUAAUUUUGAAUAUGCUAUACUUUGCCUACUGAAGUUCAGUUCGAUUGUCUAAUGUUACUCUCUUUAUUUUAAUAAUUAUUACAUCAUAUCUUCAUUCAUACAACAUUGAACAAUCAGUUGAAUCAUUCAAUAUUUUAAUAAUAAUGAUCGUUAAUUCUAAAGAUAUGCUAAAUCGGACAAGCAUGCUUAUAAACAACAAUAGAUGGUCGUAUAUUGGUGUAUUACAUGAUUCAGUAUUACGAUCAUAUUUCUUCAUAUCAUAUACGGAGAAAUACGGCUGUAACGCUGAGUUAUGUGAAACUGGGUGUGGAUGUGAGUGUGGACGUGGUUGAAGAGGAGGGUAAACGCUACACCCACACUCACCUACGUCUACAUUGACACACCCUCACAUCCACACCCACACCCUUCGACGGGGAUGCUAUUCAUUUUAUUAUUCAACAUAUUUUAAAUCUCAACGAACAAUUUUAUCUUUUGGAACUAUUUUAUUAAUUUGUCUAUUCAUUAUAUUGAAAAAGAAAAAUAAUUGUUGGAGUAAGGAGUAUUUUUAUUAAUAAAAUAAAAUUUAUAUAAAUUUUUAUUUAGAUGAUUAUUAUCGUUCUCGUUUAUUUUGUUUUAUAUUAACAAGUCAAUCCAAUUUAGAAAAUCGUUCACGUGCUAUUUAUGAAACAUGGGGUCAUCGAUGUGGUCGAUUUGUAUUUAUUACACGAUUAAAUUCAUCAACAUCUUAUACUAUUUAUGAUAAUCAAUAUAAAUAUUUAAAAGAAGAUCAAUUACCAAUUCAAUAUAUUCCAACUUUACCAAAUAUCAGAUCAACGCUUUUAUUUUUAAAUAAAUAUUAUCCAAAUUAUGAUUGGUAUCUUAAAGCAGAUGAUGAUACCUAUAUUAUUGUAGAAAAUCUUCUUAGAUUUUUAGUUAGUACAAUUAAACGACGUCCAAAACCUGUUUUAUAUGGUUAUAGAUUUCGUGAAGAUUAUUAUGUAAGUGGUGGUGGUGGAUAUGUAUUAACACGUAAAGGACUUAAUCUAUUUGGUUCAUAUAUAAAUAAUGAUUCCAGAUAUUUUGAAUGUAAAUCUCCAAUGGAAGAUAUAAUGGUUGGAUCAUGUUUUAAAAGAAUUUUUGAAAUAGCACCAAAAGAUGAAACAAAAGAUUUAAUAACUGUUGGUGAAACAAUUGAUGAUGAAGGAAGAGAAAGAUUUCAUCCACAACCAUUUCGUGUACAUUUUAAUGGACCCUUAAAUAAAAUUGCAAGAUAUUGGAUUUAUGAUAAAGCAUUUCAUCAUAAUUUAUUUGGUUAUGAAUCAAUAAGUGAAACAACAAUUAGUUUUCAUUAUACUCAACCUGAAGAUAUGUAUCAAAUGGAUUCAUUACUUUAUCAUAUUCGACAGUUUGAUAAAGAAGUUUGUCUUUCACAUUCAUAA